AUGACCUCGACCCUCCAUUUCCUAUCUAAAACUGCCUAUCUACACCCAAUCCAUACAAUUUGCACCAUAGCUAUCUUAGCUAGCACCACAUACAUUGGACUACUCAAAGAUAGCGUUUUCCAUACCCCCGCAAAUGUUGGCAAAGCAGAAUGGGGCUCUUUGUUCGCAGGAAGCCGGAGCUUGAUCACUGGCCCACACAAUGGCUGGAAGUGGCAGAGCUUCGAUACGGAUUCGCAGGAUCUCAAGGAUUUUGAGGAUAUCAACCACCAAGCACUGGUAACCUUGGUAUUCCCGGGAUCUUAUGCCGAGGGAUCCCAAACCAAUACAGUGCCCUUUGAUCCUCUCCCCCUAAAUCUAUCUGUGAUUCACCUUCCCUCAACAUCAAACCCUUUUGGCACCUAUUCGAAAGAUAAUAGUUUUGCCUUCUCUGUUCAGUACAACAAUGUACCCGAGCUAGUGACUGCUGUGCAGGAAAUUCCCGACCGAAAAUCGUUUAAGGCGGAAGGUGUCGAGAUGGAGCGUCAGAUGUGGAUUAUGAAGGCUUCGAGGGCUCGCACAAAAGGCAGCCUUGCUCAUUGGGCCCACGAUACCUGGACAGAGUUUCUUGAUCUUGUUAAAAGCGCUCAGACAGUCGAUGUUAUUGUUAUGGUGCUAGGCUACAUAUCUAUGCACUUAACCUUCGUCUCACUGUUUCUAAGCAUGAAGAACUUGGGAUCAAAGCUUUGGCUUGCCACAAGCGUCCUUUUGUCAUCAACUUUCGCCUUCUUGCUAGCCCUCGAUGUGACGAUAAGGCUCGGUGUUCCGAUGAAUAUGAAGCUGCUAUCCGAAGGCCUUCCUUUCCUAGUGGUGAUCAUUGGCUUUGAGAAGAGCAUUACUCUGACCAGAGCUGUUUUGUCCCAUGCCGUAGAGCAUCGAAAGCCCCAUAAGGCACAGGCUCACCAGGAUGACGCGGCUGCCAUUACCGAAAGUACCAUUCAGUAUGCUGUGCGAAGCGCCAUUCGGGAAAAUGGUUACGAUAUAGUGUGCCACUAUGUUGUCGAGAUCUUGCUCCUGGCCGUUGGUGCUGCCUCGGGCGUGCAAGGACUGCGGGACUUCUGUUUCCUGGCUGCAUUGAUCCUUCUCUUUGACUGCCUGCUGCUGUUUACCUUCUACAUCGCUAUUUUGUCAAUUAAGCUCGAGGUCAACCGCAUGAAACGUCAUGUCAAUAUGCGACACUUGUUAGAAGACGAGGGUUUCAGUCGACAGACAGCCGAGAGUGUGGCUGAGAGCAAUGAUGCACGAGACAGUGCAAAGGCGCACAUAUUUGGGAAGAACAUAAACGGCAGCAGUGUUCCAAGGUUUAAGUUCUGGAUGGUUGUGGGCUUCUUUGUGGUCAACCUUGCCAACAUCUGCUCUAUCCCUUUCCAAGGCUCAUCUAGGGCAUCGCUAUCGAGUAUAUCGUGGACUGAAACCCUGGGCGGAGGGGUUAUGACGCCAGCUCUUGAGCCCUUCAAGGUAGCUGGAAACGGACUGGAUGAACUGCUGUUCCAGGCAAGAGGACGCGGUCAAUCGACGGUGGUAACUAUCCUUCCUCCCAUCAAGUAUUCAGUUCGUCGCGCUGCUUCGCACUCGGUGGAUACCAGGGAUAGUCAGUACGGAGUUGGUGGAAGGAUGGUCGGUGGCCUGCUCGCCGGCCUUGAAGACCCUGUUCUCUCCAAAUGGGUAUUUGCGGCACUUGCUCUAAGUGUAGCUCUGAAUAGCUACCUGUUCAAGGCUGCAAGAUUGGGAAUCAAAGAUCCCAAUCUCCCCGUCCACCCGGUUGAUUCAGUGGAACUCGCUCAGGCUGAAAGGUUCAACGCACCACAGAUUCCUCCGACAGAGAGCUUCACUCAUAUCACUACCGACGGUAUUGGCGAGGCUUCAUUGGCGUCGGUGACGGCACCUCCAAUAGUCACUAAGCUAGUAGAAGAGCCAGCAGCGCCUCAGACACAACUCAAACUUGAAGAUUUGCUGAAAGACACGCCGAUCAGCGAGUUGGACGAUGAGAAUGUUGUUGCAUUGUCAUUGCGGGGCAAGAUUCCCGGAUAUGCACUGGAGAAGAGUCUAAAAGAUUGCACUCGAGCCGUGAAGGUUCGCCGUUCUAUCAUUUCGAGGACACCGGCUACUGCAGAGCUUACAAAUAUGUUGGAAGACUCAAAAUUGCCGUAUGAAAACUAUGAUUGGGAACGUGUUCUUGGUGCGUGUUGCGAGAACGUCAUUGGUUUCAUGCCGGUCCCUGUUGGUGUCGCUGGUCCUAUCGUUAUCGAUGGCAAGAGCUAUUUCAUCCCUAUGGCAACAACUGAGGGUGUUCUGGUCGCUAGCGCUAGCCGCGGUAGUAAAGCUAUCAACCUAGGUGGCGGCGCUGUGACAAUCCUGACUGGUGACGGUAUGACACGGGGCCCAUGUGUGAGCUUUGAGGUUCUUGAACGAGCUGGUGCUGCAAAGGCGUGGCUUGACUCAGACGCCGGGCAGACUGUUAUGAAAGAAGCCUUUAACUCGACGAGCAGAUUUGCGCGACUACAGAGUAUGCGAACCACUAUUGCCGGGACUAAUUUGUAUAUUCGGUUUAAGACCACCACUGGCGACGCUAUGGGAAUGAACAUGAUUUCUAAGGGUGUAGAACAUGCCCUUAAUAUUAUGGCGACGGAGGCAGGGUUUAGUGAUAUGAAUAUUGUCACCCUGUCUGGAAAUUACUGCACGGAUAAGAAACCUUCUGCUUUGAACUGGAUCGACGGACGCGGCAAGGGCAUUGUAGCCGAAGCCAUUAUCCCGGCGAACGUUGUCAGGGAUGUCUUAAAGAGCGAUGUGGAUAGCAUGGUCCAGCUCAACGUUUCGAAAAACCUAAUCGGAUCAGCCAUGGCUGGCUCAAUCGGUGGCUUCAACGCCCAAGCUGCAAAUCUCACUGCUGCCAUUUUCAUUGCUACAGGGCAGGACCCGGCGCAAGUCGUGGAGAGUGCUAACUGCAUGACAUUGAUGAACAAUCUCCGUGGCUCUCUUCAAAUUUCCGUCUCCAUGCCGUCCAUUGAAGUCGGCACGUUGGGCGGUGGUACUAUCCUGGAGCCCCAGGGAGCAAUGCUCGACAUGCUUGGUGUCCGCGGCUCACACCCGACCACGCCCGGUGAGAAUUCCCGUCGACUUGCGCGUAUCAUUGGAGGCGCUGUUCUUGCUGGAGAGCUUUCCCUAUGCGCUGCCCUAGCCGCGGGACACCUUGUGAGAGCGCACAUGGCGCACAAUCGCUCUACUCCGGCAUCUACUGCCCCUUCUGUCUCACCAUCCGGCGGAAUUAUAUCAGCACCUGGUCCUAGCAAUGGACUCAGACCGAGUGAUGCAGCCGCGGAGCGGGCCAAACGCUGA